AUGAAUAUUUCCAAUAACAAUUAUUCAAAUAUAUUCGAUUUACCUAAUGAAAUAUUAUUUAUUAUUAUCAAGAAAUUGAAUAUUAGUGAUGUGAUUUAUUCACUUGUCGAUGUUAAUGAACGAUUUGGUCGCUUAUUAUUUGAUCCUUUUUAUAUUCAAAAUCUUAAUAUUACACUUAAGACUAUGAAGCCAUUUUGUCAUCGUACAUUUUCAAUACAUGAACAAGUUCUUUCAAAUAUUUGUGAAAACAUCUUACCAAAUAUUCAUGAUCAAGUUAAACAACUUGCUAUUGAAGAACAUUCAAUAGAACGUAUUUUUAUUUACAAUUAUUCUCAACUUUAUUCUUUGUCACUUGUUAAUUUUAAAGAAGAAAUACUCUGUAAAUAUCUAACAGAUUAUUCAGUUCUUCGUAAUCUUCUUAUAUAUCAAAUCACACAUCUACAUAUUGAUAUUCAGACUGAUAAAAUACCAAAAAUAUUAUCUAAAAUUUCAUCAAAUAUACUUAUACUGAUUUUAUCCCUAUGUCAACGAUUAAUCAAGUUGAAUUUUUGUCAAGUAUUUUCUUAUCGAAAUUCAUUUAUUCCGAUUUGUAAAUUACCAAAAACAUGUUUUACAUAUUCAACUUUAAUCGAAUUAAAAAUAAAUGUUGCAACGUUUAAUGAUUGUCUUCGUCUUCUUGAUGGACGUUUCGAUUCCUUAUCAAAAUUAACUAUCAAUGUAAGAGAGAUCAAAUAUGAACGAAAAGAAAUAAACAACGAGACAAAACUUCCUAAGUUGAAAUACUUCUCAUUAACUUCAUUUGAUAUAAUACAGAAUUUUGAUGACUAUAUUAUUCCAUUACUUCGUCGAAUGAUAAAUCUUGAAGAAUUAAUAUUAUUUCUAACAGUAGUAAGAGUUGACUCAACUGUUAUUGAUGGUAUUGAAUUAUAUGAUCAAGUACUUGUUCAUAUGUCACACCUAAAUAAAAAAAAUUUCAACAUUCAAAAUAGUUUCAUUGGAAGAGAAUAUGGAGAAGUUGGUUCAUAUGUACAUUUGGAUCCAAGUACAAUCACUGGUUUUAAACAAUCAAAGGGUGUGGUGAUGUCUCAUGUGUAUUCACUUCCAUAUCAAUUCGAAAGUUUCCUUCAUCUCAACAGUUCUUUUCAAGAUGGCAUGUUUGUUAAUGUACGAUGCUUAACAAUGACUGAUUCAUAUCCUUUUGAACGUGAAUUCUUCAAAAUUAUUUCUGAUAGUUUUCCUCUAGUAAAAAACUUGACGAUAUCCAAUUUGAAACCACAAAAAAACAAGCAACAUUCUUCGACAUUAAUUAGUUUUCCUCAUCUUAAUCUUCUGAAUCUUGUUCACGCACAUGAUGAUUAUGCUCAACAAUUUCUCGUCGAUACGAACACUCAUUUACCUUGUUUGUUGGACCUCUGCAUCACAUAUGAAUCACUCGAAAUUGUAACAAACAACUUCACAAAUGAUGCAACACGACUUUAUUGUUCUAAAUUAAAAGGACUUCAUAUGGAUAAGCCGUUUGUUCGACCAAAACAUUUUGAUGAAUAUUUUCGUUUAUUAUUUCACCUCUAUUCAUUUGAACUUGAUCAUGAAUUGUACGAUGAUAAAUGUGUUAUGAUAGAUGGAUGUUGUCCAACUGAUCGAGAAACUCUAUGGACUUCAAUUGGCUGUGAAACAUGCACAAGAAGAAAAAAAAAUACAUUAGAGGAAAAAAUAACUGAUGAAUUAAUUAAACAAGAAAAAUUAUUAUCAUCAACGAUUUCAAUUACACCAACUGAUCCAUUGAGUCAUGUAUUUCAAAAGAAAGCUGUAACCAAUUCUACAAAUGAAACAACAACAGCUGGAUCAUAUAUGUUGAAACGACUUUAUGGUAACACUGAUCUUCUAUCGUCAAAUAAAACAACUACAACAACAGGUCAAGUAUAA